CACGCAGCAGCACUAAAGCGCACAGUAUAUAAAUGUGUGUGAAGAACGAAGCUUCCCAAUUCCCAUCCAUUCUUCAUUCGUUCUCUUUCCGGAAAGGAGAAAAUAUUAAAACUGAAACCCAUUUCAAACUGAAGUGGAUGAGGUAGAAGCUACCCAGUUUUCUCCUUCUUCUUGGGCUUUUGCAUUUCUGUAGUCUCGAUCAGAAGACAAAUUUUUAGUCCCAAUUUCAAUCGGGAAACAAAGGAAUCCCGUGUUCUUUCCCAAAUUCCAAUCCUUCAAGUGGCAUUUCUUCCUCACUUGAUUCGAGUAUUUAAGGAUUGAGGACGGUUGAAAAUUAUAAUUAUAUAAGGGACAUAUCCGCCAAGGAGUUUUCUCCUUGUCUCUCUUUGGAAAAGAGGCCAAUAAGGUUUCUGCCAAUUCUGUUGAUCAGAAAUUGUGGUUUGGAUUAUUAGUUGAGGAAGUUCAAUUUUGUAAGAAUUAAGAUCUUUCGGUUCUGAAGCUGGUUUCAAGGUCUCUGUACUGACUUUGUAGCCUUAUAUUAAAAAGGGGGUAAUUUCAGAGAUCUCUGGUGAACUUGAAACACUACACUUGAUAAUUGAAAGAUGACUAUUGCCCCGAAGAAGGAUAGGAAGCCAUCAAGGGGCAAACGGGUUAUUGAGGAGAAUGCUCCUUUGUUGCCGAGUAGGCAAGAUGAAGAUGUUGUAUUUGAUGAGUUCGAGGGAGGUUCCUUUAGUGGGGCUGUCUUUAAUCUUUCAACUACUAUUAUUGGUGCUGGAAUCAUGUCUUUGUCUGCGACUAUGAAGGUUUUGGGGCUUAUUCCCGGGAUAGCUAUCAUCAUCUUUGUUGCUUUCCUGACAGAGGCAUCAAUUGAGAUGUUGCUCAGGUUUAGCAAACCAGGGAAGGCCCUUUCUUAUGGUGGAGUUAUGGGAGAUGCCUUUGGAAGGACAGGCAAAAUUUUGUUGCAGAUCUGCGUGAUUAUCAACAAUGUUGGUGUGCUUAUCGUCUACAUGAUUAUCCUUGGUGAUGUGCUUUCUGGAACUUCUUCAAGUGGAGUUCAUCAUGCUGGACUCUUGGAAGGAUGGUUCGGAGAUCACUGGUGGAAUGGGCGUACCUUUGUUCUGCUUGUAACUACUCUUGCAGUAUUUGCUCCAUUGGCUUGCUUUAAGCGUGUUGAUUCAUUGAGAUACACAUCCGCCUUGUCAGUUGGCUUGGCAAUUGCAUUUGUUGUUAUUACUGCGGGUAUUGCUAUUAUCAAAUUGAUCAGUGGACACAUAGCAGUGCCCAGAUUGUUUCCAAACGUGACUGAUAUCAUAUCAUUCUUCAAACUUUUCACGGUGGUGCCAGUUCUUGUGACAGCAUAUGUCUGCCAUUACAAUGUGCACACAAUCGAGAGUGAGCUUGAAGAUUCUUCCCAUAUACAGUCAAUUGUGCGAACUUCACUGGCAUUGUGCUCAACUGUUUACAUCACAACAAGCUUCUUUGGGUUCCUCCUUUUUGGUGAUGCAACCCUCGAUGAUGUACUAGCCAACUUUGACACCAACCUUGGGAUUCCAUAUGGUCGUCUGCUUAACGAUGCUGUCCGUGUUAGUUAUGCCAUUCACCUCAUGCUUGUCUUCCCCAUCAUCUUCUUUGCUCUACGGCUCAACUUGGAUGGUCUCCUCUUUCCCUCAGCCAGGGCUUUGUCACAUGACAACAGGAGGUUUGCAUUGAUCACUAUCGUGCUCAUUUCCCUCAUUUUUUUGGGGGCGAAUUUCAUACCUAGCAUCUGGGAUGCUUUCCAGUUCACUGGCGCAACUGCCACAGUCUGGAUUGGAUUCAUUUUUCCUGCUGCCAUCGCUCUCAAGGACCCUCAUGGUAUAGCGACAAAAAAGGACCAGAUCUUAUCUGUCUUCAUGAUUGUCCUUGCUGUGUUCUCAAACAUGGUCGCCAUAUACAGUGAUGGCUACUCCCUGAUCAAAAAGAGCCCGCCCCCGCCUGUGUGAUAUUUCUUCACUUUAGGCCUUAUAAUCAGCGUCAGAUGGGAGGAAGCUGCUAGAGUUACUUUACUGAAAGGCCGAAAAUAGAUCGAUCGACAAUCCAAGAGAAAAUCAGGGUUUUGUAGGAUGCGCUCUCUUGUAUUCAUUAAGAUGAACACGACUCAAUAUAUAAGUUAGAGUUUUUGUUCCCAGCGUAAAGAGAGGUGGCUCUAGAUUUGUCAUCACCUAAAUUUUAUCGUUUUGCACUGUUUGAGAUAAAAUAUAUGUUGUCUUGAGUGAAGUUUAUUUU